AUGCUCAAUUGGCAAGCUGGGCUGAUUACAGCCUCUAUCAUGAUGAGGCUGGUCUGCCUAUGCUGUGUUGAAUAUGCCAACCUGACUUCUUCAGAAGAUGAGGUGGAGAUGUCUGUGAUGACUUCUAACUCAUCAUCAACAACUGACUCUGAAGAAUUGCAACUGAGGAGAUUGGAUCUUGAACAUCAAAAGAUUGAUUUAGAACUUCAAAAAGAGAGGUGCAAAGAAUUGCAGCUUCAACUUCAAUUGAAGAGGCUUUGCACUCAAAAUGACAGAGCUGCAAUGCUCACAAAUCUGUCAGCAGGUUGA